AUGGAGAACCUCCAAGUCCAUAUUCUGAGCAGUAAGCUCAUCAAACCCUCAAAUUCAACUCCACAUCAUCUUCAAAACUUCAAGCUUUCACUGUUUGAUCAGCUGGCUCCUCCAAUGUAUUCCCACAUUCUCUUUUAUUACUUGCCUGUUGAAGAUUCUUGCAACAGAGGCAAGAACAAUGUCCAAAUAUCUUUACUACUUGAGAAAUCAUUGUCCCAAGUCCUAACCAAGUUUUACCCACUAGCAGGCCGGUUUGUUAAAGAUGAUCUCUUGAUUCAUUGUGCUGACCAAGGAGUUGAGUACUUUGAAGCAAAUGUGAAUGCUCAACUUCUAGGCUUCAUUCAAAAACAGCCUGCAGAUACAGAUGUUUUGAGUAGAUUUUUGCCAUGGGAUUUCCCCCCUGCGGCUAACUCUGCUACAAGCCCACUGUUAGCCAUUCAGAUUAACAAGUUUGAAUGUGGUGGAUUUGUGUUAGGCCUUCGCGUCUCGCACGUUAUUGCAGAUGCUUUUUCGAUGAUCACAUUCAUCAAGGAAUGGGCUAGCCUUUGCAGUUCUGACCUUAAGGACAUGAAUCAAGUGAUUAGCACUCAGCUUUCGAGUUACAAUGACUUUGUUUCAGUUUUUCCAACAAGGAUUCUGUCUGGCCCCAAGUUUCCACCGCCCGGCGCCGCGAAUUCUGCUGAUCAGGUCAUUACGAAAUCAUUCUUAUUUAAUGAAGCAAUAGUAACAAAGAUGGCAGAGACGGCUGAUUUUCAUCCAACCAGAGUUGUGGUGGUAUUAGCAUCGAUUUGGAAGGCUCUCAUUGGCGUCUCCCUUGCGAAGCACGGGCGAUCCAGAGAUUCAGAUAUCGCCCUUUCAAUGAACUUGAGGGGUAAAACAGCUCUCGCCAUGCCAGAGAUUUCCUGCGGGAACUUCUGGAUUUCAGUCCUAGUUCCACUAGAGGCGAAAAGGGCCGAAAAGAUGGAGUUGAAGGAGUUAAUGAUCUUGAUCCAGGAUACUAUAAAGUCAACGGCUGAACAACUUGCAUUAGCUACUGCAGAUGACAUUUCGACAAUGCUGAUCAAUUCCCGCAGGGAAAUAUUCGAGAAACGUCAUCUUUCUGGUAAUGAAGUGGAUGUUUACAUUUGUACUAGUUGGUGUAGGCUUCCAGUAUAUGAUGUCGAUUUUGGUAUGGGAAAACCAUGUUGGGUAAGUCAUGCAAGCAAACCAUUUGAGGGAGUUGCUCUGCUUGAUGGCAAAACUGGAACAGGUAUUGAAGCAUGGAUAAGCUUGAAGCAGAAAGAAAUGAUUGAGUUCAAUAGACAACUGGAAAGUAUGGAGCCAAUGUUGGCUGAUAAAUCUGACAAAAAUGUCAAUCACUAG